AUGAUACCAGAUAACGUGACUCUGAUUGUGAAGGCCCCGAAUCAGCAAAUAGAAGACCAAAACAUUGAAUGUCAAUCCUCUUGGACCAUAUUACAAUUGAAGGGACAUUUGUCGGAAGUUUACCCCAGUAAACCAAGUACAGAUGAACAGAAAAUAAUCUACUCGGGUCAACUCUUGGAUGACAAUACAAUACUUAAGGACGUGCUUCGAACCUACGAAAGUCAGAUCUUGCAUACUAUGCACUUGGUCUGCACGCCAAAGAGAGGAAUGACCAACGACAAACCAGCAGAGACGCCGGCGGACGGUCUCCGGCAGCGCAACGUCACCCAGCCUGAGACCGAAAGGCCGGCCGAGACCGCCUCGAGACCGGAAACGAGGCAGAAUGACCAGAACCACACCGUCGAAAUGCAGAACUACUUCAGCUCGUACUUGAAUAACUAUGGGAGGGUACCACCGUAUCCCAAUUAUAACUUCGGCGAAGGGUAUCUCCCGGCGCCUAACGACCCGGCCAUGUUCGCCAAUCACAUGAUGAUGAUGCAGCAGGCAUAUUUACAGUACAUGCAGCAGUAUGCUAAUAUGCGGCAGGCGGGGGCGGAGGCGGGCGAGGCGGAGGCGGCGCCGGAGGCUCUGGGCGCGGAGGCGGGCGCGCGCGAGGCGGCGGCGGCCGACGAGGCGGCGGCGCGCGACUGGCUGGACCACGUGUACGCGGCCUCGCGCCUCGCCAUCCUCUUCUCGCUCGUCUACCUGUACGGCAGCCCCGCCCGCCUGCUGCUCGUGCUGCUGCUGGCCGUCGCCGCCUAUUUGCACCAAAUCGGUUUCUUCCGCGACUUACACGUCCCUCCCAACAACACACCAGCUGCAGCCACCCCAGAGGAAACCACACCCACCCGUCAGUCCGUACUCACUUCAACCUGGAUAAUCGUAACAUCCUUUUUCGCGUCUCUCAUACCUGACACCAAUUAG